UGCUGACGUAACGCGGAGCCUGUCAAUACGCUGAAGAAAUGCAGUGUUUGGUGCGGCAGACUCCGUGGACGUUUACGAAAUCCUUGUGUGUUUAUUAAAGGUCUGAAAUGGCCUCGCUCCCAGAAAUACAGGUUUACUCGCCAGUACGCCACUGAAGACGUGCGGGUUUAAAGACAGCGUGUGGGCAAAGCGCUCGCUAGCCGUCGCCAUCUAAAUAAACCUGGGUUCGUGGACAGAAGAAAGAAGACGACAGGAUCUGGACACGUUUACACAGACCUAUGCGACUCUUAUCAGGUGAGCGAUGGAUAUGAGAGAGGUGUAUGUGGUGGCUGGCAGCUUCGUGGGGUUCCAGCUGUUCUUCUCGUGCGUCAGUCCGGUUCUGUCUUCCAAUUUCACGCAGGGUUAUGGGAAACUUCCACCACACAAACUCAACGACUGGAACUCCAGGCUGGUGUCCACUGUCCAUGCAUUAAUUGUGGGGCUGUUCUGUCUCUAUAUCCUGUGGUUUGAUGAUGCCGUCAAUGAAGACCCCGUCUGGGGUGAUCCUAACAUGGUUAAGCUCAAUGUGGCCAUCACCUGUGGAUACCUUUUCUAUGACCUGGUGCUUCUAGCUUGUAACUGGAGUACCAUGGGCGACGUGUUUUUUGUCUGUCACCACUUGGCGGCGCUGUAUGCUUAUGGAUAUGUGCUGACACGCGGAGUGCUUCCCUAUUUUGCAAACUUCCGACUGAUUUCAGAAUUGUCAACGCCAUUUGUGAAUCAAAGGUGGUUUUUCGAAGCGUUAGCCUACCCUCGUACCCACCAACUGGUUGUCACCAACGGCAUCGCGAUGGCGGUCGUGUUCUUCCUGGUCCGGAUUGCCGUGAUGCCCCCCUACUGGGCGAAGGUGUUUGGCACCUUCGGUACGCCAGCGUUUGAAAGGCUUGGUCUCAGUGCUCAGGUGGCUUGGAUCGUAUCCUGCAUUUGUUUGGAUAUCCUGAAUACAAUAUGGAUGUACAAAAUUGCCCGCGGCUGCUACAAGGUCAUAACCGGCAAGCUAAGAGGGGGCAAAGUGGACUCCAAAAAGACCGAUUUCGUGAACAACCACACAGACUGAGAAUCAUCCGCAAUAAUGACCUAUAGAUCAGACAUAUUCGCUUCCUAGAAUAUAGCAACUUUGGAGUCCUUUCCAUUGUUCUUUGGAUGGACGUGCUCUAAAAACAGAGGUUUUGUGUGGUUUUAGCCUCUAUGUCAUUUACAAACAAUCUGAAUUCACCUACACCGGUGAAAGUCAAGCAGAUAAAUGCCUCAAACACAACCAAAGUGCCUCAAAGCACAAAGAGAAGCAAUAGAACAUGAAUAAAUGAGCUUGUGACCACGGAAAGUCCAUCGCAUCUCCAUCGCAAAGCCUUAUCCAGUCAGUACCCACCCAUGUUUUUUCUCUAAACCAAUCGUGGUUGGCUUUAAGAGCCAUGCUUCCUGUGAUAUUUACACUGAUGUGCCUCAGUGGUCUCCAGGUUUGAACUUGUUCCACAAUUGCUCAUUUGUUGGCGGAUUGGAAAUGCUCAUCGAAUUCAUUCAGUCUUACGUCAACACUACAUUGCCAGUCUGACUAGUUGCAAGGCUCCGUGAAACCACAGAUCUACCUCUCUCUCACCCCGUCAAGCACAAGUGUAGUAGUACCUGCCCAUCCUAGAACCAACACCGUAUGGACUUGCUGCGAAAAGACGGUCCAUGAGAAUCAAACGCUCACGACCUUUACUGUUAUAGCCCACACCUGCACAACUCAUCUUAUGUAUGUGACGUGCUGGCAAAAUGAGUCGCAAUGAGCACAUUUUCAAAAAUGACUUAUUGUUAUUCUCCAUUAAAAGAAAAAAAUCAAAAUGAUGUAUGAUUUGUUGGAAUCUGACAAAAAAAAUGAAUGAGCUAUACCUGUUUGAAGUCAAUUUUGAGAGAAUUUUUUUUUAAAUUUAAAAAUGUAAGUUUCCUGAAGGUCCUAAAACAAAAUCACAUAGCGACCAUACCUGAUAAAACCACCAAAUUUGGCACAAAGCAAGUCAAAAACCCAUAUCUAUAGGAAAAAAUAUAUAUUAAACUUUUUUGCAUGAUUCUACAAUUGUUUGAUUAACAUAAUGAAACAGACAGCCUAUAGGCUAUAUUAAGACGGUAUCACACGGAUCUAAUAUAAUGUUACACAUCAGAUGUUUUUCCCUAAUAGUUAGCCAAACGUUCAUUUAAGACAUAACAGAUAAUGUUUGAGUGAAUACUUUUUUUUAAUAGCCUACUGUAAUUCUGUGAAUAUGUGUAUAUCGGGAUCGCGGCGUCUUUGUGCGCGCGCUUUGGAUCCGUCAGUCAGCGCCAGUAAGAUCGUUUUGUUUACAUCAGCAUGAGCUUGAAAAUCACAUUUCAUUUGUUCAGACUCAUACCAUCGAGAAUUCGCUAUGAAUAUUCACAAAGUUUGAAUGCUGCACUUUAAAACGACACCAAACUUGUGCUGAGGGGAAGCGCUAGUCGUCGUGAAGCGAGCAAAGAAAACGGCAUUUUUCACGGUUAAAGGAAAGGUACUCCUCUCAGAAAACGUACACAUAAAGAUACUUUUAGAUGUUUAGUUGCUAUUUGGAGCAUUGGGAUCGUUAGACGAGGGCUUAAUGAACUCAUUUUUGUGAAAACCUUUCACUUGUUUUACCUGUAACCGUUAGCUCGAAAUUAGCCUGUGCGCAUUCCGACUCCUUUUGCCAGCUGGGGUCACAUAUGUUGCACCUCAGUCGCUCUUUUGCAUUUCCAGAAGUUGUCUUCCAUGUGGAAAUGCAGUGAAAAGCUGGUUUGUAAAGCCUUCAGAUUUUCAUUGGUUUGUGUGCAUGCUUCAUUUCCGACCGUGUUGGUCUGCCUUGAGGUCGUGUUUGCAUUCGAUUCAAGGAAACUGUAGUGGUAUAUCCAUUUCUCAGGUUCUUGCCUUUUCUAUAGCUCUUCGUUUUCUGUAUGCAUUUCUCCAACAGGCUGAAGUUGCAUUAUGGUUUCUCUAAACUACACGUGCACAGGUUUAAAACUGUUUCUGUUCUCGCCAAAUAGCCAGUUUAAACGACUGAAACUUUCAUCUUAGUCCUGUUUUUUUCUGGUUCCGUUUCUGCCAAAUUCAAGGGUCUUUUCAGCUUGUUGGUCACUAGAACUUCCAGCCCAAUCUUUAGGCUUUUAUCAUGAUGCAUGAAUGCUGAUUCUCUUGAAUGUGAUUUCCAGCUUAUAUUUAUUUGGGCAUGUGAACCCAUGUUGCAUUGUGCUGUGGUGUUACGAUACAGUAUAUAUGUGUGUGUAAAAACAUAUGCGGUACUUAAUUCUGCCAAGUGAGGACAAAAUCCUUCUGUAUUCAGAGCUAGUGUUUCUCUUCUGAAAUCAGGUACGCCUCUAAAAUGAAUGUUAUUUUGACUUGGAUGAUUUCUGGUAGAGAAUGGGAGAGAAUUGUGGGAAAUGUAGUUUUUUGCCUUAUCCAUAAUUCGAAAUAACCAAAUCAUCCUCUAGGCCUUGAAAAUGUGAAGCUGUGACAAUAGAAACAUAUUCUGGUGAUGUUCUGGAGAAGAAAAUGUAAUAGGAAAUGUAAUUAUAUGUACUUAAAAUGUCUGAAAUGUCUGAAAUUAGCUGUAAUCUUCAUAUGGAAAUGCAAAAGAAGGUUAGGCUUUACGGUACGAAAUCCACAAAAACGUUGCACAAUCGGAUGCCUUUGUGGCGUCAAUAUUGUAAUGUUCUUCAGUGGCUGGCCGUCCUCACUAUGCUAGUAGUAGCCUAUUGCAUUUUGAAGGGCUGAUUAAAAUCAAUAAAAUGUUCAAGUACAAAUUGGAUUAACAAUACUAUAAAAAUAAGUAUUCAUUCAAACUUAGUUAUUGAUUGUUUUCUUUACAAUAGCCACAUAAAAAAAAAAAAACGUGCCUGUUGCUAUAUAAGCUACAAGGUUUGAGUGUAUGAAAUAAGAGUGUAUAUAAGACUUUACUAGUACAAAGCAGCCGUAGAGUUAGUAUAACACUAAUAUUAGUACUGCACCUAGCUGAAGAUUAGCUUAAACUCCUACGUAAGAGUGGAGAAUGUGAAAAAAUGGCUAAAUCUAGGAUAACCUUAGUAGACGGGAUCCCCCAUAUCAAACAUCCCAUUAUUGUUUACAAAGACCUUUAUAAUAAUCCCACUUGCCUGCUCUUGUUGGGUCCAAUCCUCGUGUGGAGCCGAUAGAUAGUAUGCUAACCAAGACAAAAUGUGUUUUUUUUUUUAUGAUCACAAGGAGCCCCAAAUUAUUUGUCAGUGUUUCAAGCUCACUUGACUUUAAAAAUGAGCAGUCGCCAUCAAAUAAAUCAUAUAGGCAGGCAUAAUAAAUGUUAAAUUGCUUUACUAUAUUGGAGAAAGGAAACCCAUAUUUGUUUUCGAUUAUCAAUAGAGUGCAAAAGUUCCCGUCCCCUUUUCCAGCGGUGCUGGUUCCGGAAGUAUUUCUUUCAUUCAUUUUUCACGUAGGGAUUUUAAAAAAAAUCUUUGUUAGAGAUUUAUAAGCCAUGAACCAAUCCAAUCAGCCAUGAGGUGAAUCACAGUACUACAAACUUUGAUUUGAAGCAAAAAAGUAUUUGAAAAUCGGACAAAAAGACAAAGGUACGACUGUGUACUUAACGGUUUUUGUGAGGGAAAGAACUACAAUCCCAUGAAGCAUUGCGAACAGAUUAUUUAAGCUUAGUUUUAAAAUAAUCAUGUUUAGCUCGAAUUCCUGGUGAAAAACUACAUUACCCAUGAUGCUG